GUCACAACCCCCGCGGUGCCAAGGUGGAGCCACCGCGCGUAUCUCGAAUCGGUGCGCUUCUCCAGGGGCUGGGAUGCGCACCGGGCACCUCUCGCUUCCUGCCGAGUUUCGGGUCUGAGCAGGAGUCAAGCGCUGCCCCAGGGCGCAGAGGCAGGAGGACCCAGUCUACCCGGAGCAGGAUGCCAGUAAUGAGAGGGCUACUGGCCCCGCAAAACACCUUCCUGGACACCAUAGCCACCCGCUUCGAUGGCACCCACAGCAACUUUGUUCUGGGAAACGCCCAGGUGCAGUCACUGUACCCCAUUGUUUACUGCUCUGAUGGUUUCUGUGAGCUCACUGGUUACGCCCGUGCCGAACUCAUGCAGAAGAGCUGCGCGUGUCACUUCCUGUACGGCCCAGAAACGAGCGACCGGUCAACGGCCCAGAUCCAAGGAGCCCUGGAUGAAAGGAGGGAGUUCAAGACUGAGCUGGUCUUCUACAAGAAGGAAGGUACAAAGUUCUGGUGUCUUCUGGACAUUGUACCGAUUAAGAAUGAGAAGGGCGAGGUGGUUCUUUUUCUUGUGUCCCACAAAGACAUCACUGACAAGAAGAAGGAGCAGGACCCUGAGCAAGGACCUGAAACUGAUGAAGAGACGGGUCUGGAGGUGCAUCAGGUAACUCGCCCUCCGGGCUUCAACGCCAAUCGGCGCCGCAGCAGAGCUGUGCUCUAUCACCUGUCAGGACACCUGCAGAAACAAGACAAGAGCAAGCUCAAGAUCAACAAUAACAUGUUUGGGGAGAAGCCUCCAAUCCCGGAAUACAAAGUAGCAGCCAUUCAGAAAUCUCGCUUCAUCCUGCUCCACUAUGGAACCUUCAAGGCCGGCUGGGAUUGGUUAAUUCUGCUGGCGACUUUCUACGUGGCCGUCACUGUGCCCUAUAACGUGUGUUUCACAGUCGGGGGAGGGUGGGAUGAAGGCAGCGCCUCACGCACGCCCAGCGUCAGCGACAUCCUCGUCGAGAUCCUCUUCAUUUUAGACAUAUUGCUGAACUUUCGAACUACAUUUGUGAGCACGUCGGGUCAGGUCGUCUACGACGCCCGCUCCAUCUGCGUUCACUACGUCACCACCUGGCUCUUUGUUGAUCUCAUUGCCGCCCUGCCCUUUGACCUGCUGUAUGCUUUCAAUGUCAGCGUGUACUUUGGCGUCCACCUGUUGAAGACAGUCCGGCUUCUUCGGUUACUGCGGCUGCUGCAGAAGCUGGAGCGCUACUCACAGUACAGUGCUGUGGUCUUGACCCUGCUGAUGUCCAUGUUCGCCCUGCUGGCCCACUGGAUGGCGUGUGUCUGGUACUUCAUAGGUCAAAGGGAGAUUGAGAGCCAAGGAUCAUCAGACAUAGGUUGGCUCCAUGAGCUGGCCAAACGUCUGGGUACCCCGUAUUUCCCCCCUGCCCUGACAACGCUGUUCCCCUCCACGGUCAGCAGCAUUCCAGCCGACAGCAGUCAGUGGAACGUGUCUGGGUCAGAGGUCGCAGGGCAAGGAACCUGGAAUUCUAGCCAGUAUUACGGGAAUGUUUCAGGAAGCGAGACUGCUUCUGGGACAGCUGGUGGGAGUGGGAGUUUCAGUGUGCUGGGCGGUGGUCCAUCAAUGCGCAGCAGCUAUGUGACCUCCCUCUACUUUGCUCUGAGCAGUCUGACCAGUGUGGGGUUUGGAAAUGUGUCAGCCAACACAGACUCAGAGAAGAUCUUCUCCAUCUGCACCAUGCUCAUAGGAGCACUGAUGCAUGCAGUUGUGUUUGGCAACGUGACGGCCAUCAUCCAGAGAAUGUACUCGCGCCGCUCGCUUUACCACACCCGCACCAAGGACCUGAAGGACUUCAUUAGAGUCCAUCGGUUGCCCAAAGCUUUGGAGCAGCGCAUGCUGGAGUGUUUCCAAACUAUGUGGUCAGUCAACAACGGGAUAGACGUUAGUGAGCUUCUGAAAGACUUCCCAGAUGAGCUGAGGGCUGAUAUCGCCAUGCACCUGAACAAGGAGCUGCUCCAGCUGCCUCUGUUUGAGUCAGCCAGCAGGGGCUGCCUGCGUUCCCUCUCCCUCAUCAUCAAGACCUCCUUCUGCGCUCCCGGGGAGUUCCUCAUACGGCAGGGAGACGCCUUGCAGGCCAUCUAUUUCGUCUGCUCAGGUUCCAUGGAGGUCCUGAAAGACAACACUGUGCUGGCUAUCCUAGGUAAAGGAGAUCUAAUUGGCUCAGACUCCCUGACGAAGGAACAAGUGAUCAAAACCAACGCUAAUGUCAAGGCCCUGACGUACUGUGACCUGCAGUAUAUCAGCCUCAAGGGUCUCCGAGAGGUUCUUCGCCUUUACCCUGAGUAUGCCCAGAAGUUCAUCAGCGAGAUACAACAUGACCUGACUUACAAUCUACGAGAGGGCCACGGGGCUGAUGUGGAUUGGGAGAGCAACGGUGGCUUGGUGAAGAAGCUGCCGUCCAUCCGCGAGGAUGAGGAGGGUGAUGAGGAGCAGAGCUCCGUGUCCCGAGCUCCUCGCUCCCCGCUGCAUCUCAGCAGGGGCCUCAGCUCGCCCCUGCGCUCCCCUCUCCUGCCGCCUCGGCCUUUCCGUGCUCCCUCCGACCACUCGCGCCCUUCCACCCUGCAGAUACCAGUUGUGAGCUUAAGCGGUGCACCACCUGAACUCAGCCCCAGAUUUGUGGAUGGCAUUGAAACGGAGAACAAUUCCACCACAACACAGAAGUUUGAGUUCAGCCCCAGCCUGUCACCUGCCCCUCCGCCCUCACCGUACGCAGGGAUCCGUGAGCACUCUGAGAUCAAGCAGAGUGUGUCUAAACUGACUGAGGAGAUGAACGGUCUGUCUAAACAAGUUUCCAAGCUCAGUCAGGAGCUGCAGGAAAUGACACGCCUGCUCAAGCCCCUCCUCCAAAUGGCACCACAGCCAGUCCUGAUGACCAUGAUGCCAAAUUUAACAUCACCUCCCAGUAGUGCCAGCCAGCUGUCAUCAAGCCCUUGCCCCGGGGCGCCACCCCCUUCCACAGUUUUUUCCCACCAGAGACCUGACACUCAUUCCCUGUUAGACAGCAGAGACACAGAGAGUGCAGAUUUGCCAGGAUGCCUUCUCCCAACUCCUCACUCACCAAAAAGGCCUAAUUCAACUCCUUCAGCAUUAGCAGAGACCCCGCCCAAGCCCCCAGGGGCCAAUAGCCAGGGGUCUGCUGACUCCAACCAUCAGUCGCCAGAGGAAGGAUUUCCAGAGGGGCGCGUGGACUCCCGAAGACUCCGUGCCUCCUCCAGUAACGGGAUAUUUUUCCCCUCGCUGCAGGACCAACCUCCUCUGGCCUCUCACACCCCUUCACCUUCACUCUCCUUCUCCAUGUCUGUCUCUUCCUCAUCAUCUUUUUCCCCAUGCCAAGGACCUCACCUCUCCCGGCCUGGCAGUUGUGCCAGCAGAGGCCCGCUCAUCCCACCCGCCUCUCAGGACACUCACCCUCCCCUGUCCUCUCACUUUUCAGCUCCACCAUCGCUCACAUCCUCCCCUGGAAGUCAUCGGCUGAGGCCUUCCCCUUCCGUGCCAGUCGUGUCCCCUAACACCUCUGUCCAUCCCUCCAGUCUUUCUCUGCCCUUGUCUUUGGAAGUUGCAAACGCAAGGAGAAGAGAUAACCAGACUCCAUCUUGGUGCAACUCACAGCGACACUACCGAGGGGCAAGACCCGUUUCUCACCCCCAGGAGCUGGAGAUGCAGGAGCGGGGACGACACCUGGAAGAGGAGAAGUCCUCCUCAGAGCACAUCAGUUUCAUUGAUGAAGAGGAGCCAGCAUUAUGAACAGCCUGUGCAAAAGAUGUCAUUCAAGUAGCAGGAAAGAUGUAGGACAAGAGUUUAAAGAGGUCAGAGCAAGUGCAAGGUAAAGACAACAAACACAGGGAACAGAAAGCUGGUCCAUUUCACACAGAAAGACAUUUGUCAGGCAGGAGAUGCCAGACGGACAGACAGGUAAACACAAAAUACAGUGUGAAGGAAUGCUUUCCUCUACAGAAUUACAAUAGCACAAACAGUCUUAUAGCAUCAAUGAUCCAGUAGCAUGAGUCAAACACUGCAGAGCCAGAGCACAUCUAUUUAUCUCUUCACCCUGAUGAAGCUCUAUCGCUUUUUAAUCCUAGUAGGUCUCCUCUUCAAAGGGCAGGCACAAACACAUGCAUCUCGGCAGGAAACGCGUCUUUACCCAAACUAGAUAAUCCAAGCCAACUGCACUGGGACUAAGAAUGUAAGCCCUUCAGUGGUCUCAGUCACCUCACCUGGAAGGUUCCUUUGCUUCAUCAAUGGGAUUAUUUUUUGGGGGAAUGCAGUUAUCUGCCCCUGGACUGGUUACAAAAAUACAGCUUUUUAUCGAAUAACCUCAGACUAAAUGGUUCUACAAAGUGUUUUUUACAAUGUUUCUUAUUGCCCCCUUUCACACACACACACACACACACAUGACAGCAGAACUGUCAUUAGUGUGGCGCCCGCACUGCAUUUGGGAACAACUUGGGGAUUCAGUGUCUUCACCAAGAAAACCUGGUGAUUUGUUUGCAGCCUGCUUUAUCACCUAAGCCACAGGUGAGCCAAGAAUCGAUUACAUGCCCAUUACACACAUUCACAAAGAAGAUGUUGAGCUUGGUUUUAACUCAGGAAUGCAAACUUGUCACAUCCUGUAAAAAAAACAAAACAAAAAAAUUGACAUUCUGAAUCCACAGACAGUAUAAAAGAUCGAUGCAGCCACUGUGACCUUAUCCCCAGGUUUGUGAAGUCCUGCUUUGAAGCCUUGAGAUGAGUCGUCAUCUCGGCUUUUGGGAACUGAACAUAACAAGCAAGUGGCAGUUCUGACUGUGAAACCACGUGCUCACUGACUUGUCAAGCUACCCCAGGGAAUCCUAUUGACUCUUAGAAUGACCACAAUUUCUAAAAAGUUCUUUAUAGAAUUAUUACUUUUAUACAAUUUAUAUAAAAGUAUUAAUGUAGAGUCUUUACCUUACAAUACAGAGGGCCUUGAGGUUCACAGAGUUCAAGCAUGAUUAUCAUUUUCUGACACUAGCACCAAAAGUCUGCGCAACCACAGCUAUCGCCCCAUGGUGGCCACAUGCAGGUUUAGCUUUUCUUGUGCGUUAGCGUCAUUUCUCAUACCGUCCACGUCUGAAUUCAGAAUAGAUCUAUUGCGUGAUUCGUGUAGAUCCAAAGAAGGUGUUUGCCUUCAAGUUUUUCUGCCAGAAACAUUGAACCUUACUCUAAACCCUUCGAUCAGAAACUAACUGAAUCAAAGAAGGAUUCUACAACUCACAUCCUUUUUUUGUUCAUAGAAAGAUCCAGAGGAUCCUUUUUUUUUCAUAUAAUAAUAAUAGAUUACUAUGUAGUCAAAGUACUACUGUAUACUGUGUCCAUAAAGACUAAAUACAAACCAGAAUGUAAGUGUUAAAAUUAACAACCUAACCACUGCUUGUUAACGCAAAUAUCUAGUCAACCAAUCCCAUGGCAGCAACUCGAUGCAUUUAGACAUGUAAACCUGCUGAAUUUCAGACUAUUUCAGAAACUGUUGAUCCACUGGGACUUCCCCACGUUUACAGAGAAUGGCAAGAAGGAGACGACUGUGUGAAAAACUGUUCUCGAUGCAUUUAUUUAAUACGGCUGAGUUCACAGAAGAAUGGCCAGACUGCUUCAAUCUGAUAGAAUCAAUCUGCACAAUACAUGAAACCGUGAAACAGGUGCAGAAGAUUACUCCUGUCAGCCAAGAACAGGAAACUGAUUCUAUAAUUCCCAAAAGCUCACCAAAAUUGGAUAGCAGAAGAUUAAAAAAAAGUUGCCUGGUCUCUGGUCUAACAGUAAAACUUGACAAUGGCUGAAUACUGCUGGAGAGAAGAGGUCUUCCAGAACACUUUAAGUAUAGUUAUUUAGCUGAAAUGGACCAAUAUUGCUGAUGUAGCUAAAUGCAACAUUUACAGUUGCCUCUAUAUGGACAAAAUGAAAAUCAGUUCUAUUAAAUUCGCCCACAACACGAGGAAUGCAUGCACUGGAAAAAUAGACUACUAGUUUGGAUAAACAUAAUGUGGUUUAGGAGGGGUAACCAUUCAAAAGAUAGCUAGUUUAAGGGAGGGAGGGGGUCUAAAGCAGAUUGUGUCAGACAAUUAUCAACUGAACUCCACCAGUAUAAGAUAAACCAGACUCAUUCUACAUUAUAAAUCAUCCUGUGCUACUCUAAUAGAAUCCAAGAACUUUAUUACAGAUACUAUCUGGUUGCAUUUCAGAAUAAAAUAAGCGGAGAGCUUUGCACUGCUGGUUAAGCAGAUUGAGGCCGGUGUAGGAAAUCUGAGAACUUUGAAAAGACAGAUUCAUGGACAAAGGUGUAGGGAAAAGCUAACAUCAAAAAUUCCCUGUGUCACUGCUCAUCAGCAUCAUGAUGCUGUUGACAAGCAGCCUAUCAGCUCAUAUCUCAAGCACGCUACUUUCAUAGGGUGUGGACAUCCUUACAUCAACUAUAAUCAACCUAAUCUUAAAGUUAGCAGUUAUAAUGUUCGUCUUUUGGGGAAGGGGCUGUCUUUCUGGGGAAUUCUUGUCACAUUGUUUCACUCUCGAUGAGUUUGCAUCCACAUUUUCUUUCCAGAUCAAAAGAAUUUGAGCACAGUUAUGAUCGGUCACUUUGGAAAAGUGUAGGCUAGAAAAGUGUUUGGAUUGUAUGCCAAAGAGAGAAGACAGAUUUGUGGACAAAGUGUAGGGAAAAGCUAAUAUCAAACACUACCCCUGUAUCACUGUUCAUCAUUAUGAUGACUGUUGACAACCAGCCUAUCAGAUUGUAUAUCGAACUCCCACAUCACCCCUGAGCUUUAGCCAUUAGCCAUUCGUGCCUUCUCCAUACAGACAUUGAUUUCCCUAAAGUUCUUCACCUGUCGAUUACAGGCAAACAUCUGAUCGAAAUUUACACAGAAAGCCAUCAUUUAUGGGGAACACUUGCACCUUUAUCUAAAACGUAUUGUAUUUAUUUAUUUAAUACAGCUGUGUAUGUAUUUAUUUUUGCUGAAAAAGCGGCGAGGAAAUAUUCUGCAUGUCUCGACGAUGUAACAAAAACAGACUGUGGAGGAAGGUUUGCUUUCUAAACGUCUAACUGGAUCCUUUCCAGAGUGAGUGAGCGAAACCUUCCCCGAGUUCAUAUGUAGCACACACAUUGUUCAUCUCUUAUUCCUCCAAUGACUUCAUGUUGGUACGUGAAAGCAGCCAAACCCUAAAACUGCAACAUCCAGGCUGCAUCAAGUUGGAGGUCUCAGGACUUUUUUUUUUUUUUUUGGCUUUGUGAGGUGCUUUAGGACCAUGUUACUUGUAUAUAUAUGAACAGUCAGAUUUCUGGCUUUUAUUUUCUUUAAUGGGAGCAAGGGAGGUGGUGACUAACUGGACUCUUUACACUUUCACAAAGAUUGACUAAGCAAGAACUGGUGGCUGGGGAGGGUACCUAAAAUGUUUUAAUUCAAUGCAUGUCAAAACUUCUUUUUAUUUUCUUUUUUGCAUGAGAAAUGUGCCUGCUUUGAACUAUCCAGAGCAGAGGGCUCAUGGGAGUAGAAACCAGCCUGCCCAAUUGAAGGCUGUUUGCUUACAAAUGUAUUUUAUUAAAGACUGCUGUUACAUUGAAAAAAAAACAUUAACAAGGAUUACAUACUGUAUAACAAUAAAGAAUUGUUGUUUUGUAA